AUGGUAAUUAAAAAUGAGAAAGCUGGCGACCAGAGGAUCAAACGAGAAACUGGUGUAAUUUCGAAUCGUACGCACCGAGUUGCUGCAGAUGUUGUGAGUUCUGCACUUAAAAUGGCCAAGACAGAUAAACUUUCCCCCGGACAAAAAGAGUAUCCAAGCUAA